GAGUAAGUGAGUGGACAUGGCGGAAGGCGGAGAAGGCUCGGGCAGCCAGACCAAGUACCGUGGUGUGCGGCGCCGGCCCUGGGGCAAGUUUGCGGCGGAGAUCCGCGACUCAAGCCGGCAUGGCGUUCGCAUGUGGUUGGGCACCUUCGAUACCGCAGAGGAGGCGGCAGCGGCGUACGACCGCUCCGCCUACUCUAUGCGAGGCAGGAACGCUGUCCUCAACUUCCCCAACCAGGCGCAUGUCUAUGAGACCGAGGCGUCGCCUGGCGGUGGUGCUGGUGCUGGUGCUGGUCCUUCUCCGUCGGUGGCGAUGACGAAGGUUAUUGAGUUGGAGUGCCUGGAAGACGGCGUGCUGCAGGAGAUGCUCGAUGGCCACGAUAAAUCAAGCAAGAGCAAAUAGCAGCUAUGCCAUAUAUACAUUUUGGCAGGGUAAGUGUGUUGUGUAUCCAUUGUAUGGUAGACUUGGCCGUCGAAGAGUUGUCUGGUACGGCGUACACCGUGACGGCGACUUAAUUCCCGCCACUACUCUCCGCUUGUAACUUUUUUUUUUUGAAACUGCACCCUUUGUUAAAGUUCAAUGUUUCAUAAGGAUACAGAAGAUAUCGGGCAAAGAUACAAGCCACACAUGGCGCCCGGUAGAAAGAGAAGUACUCGCCUUGGCGGGAGCAUGUGCCUCACCAUUGUACUAAUGCUUCUCGUGGAUAAACUAAAAAUCUCGGAAGGAGCUCCGCAGGGCCUUGAACUCCCUUAGAAUUGUAACAUACCGACAUGGAGCGCC